AUGGCUCCGUCGUCGUUUCCGCUGCCCAUUCUACAGGUGCAGCUCCGUGCUCUCUGUUUUUGGGUCAAAUGCCUCUUUCAUUUUCACCCCCAAAACCACUCUACCCUCGCACCCGCCUUCCCCUACCCCCCUCCCUCCCUCCCUCUCUCCGACACUGUCUCCCCGCCUUCCUCUGCGCCCUUCCCCCCAUUCCCCCCCUCUUCCCCCCACUGUCCUCAUGGGGAAGGAUUGACUCUUCCCCAUGCCCCCUCUCUCCCCCUUCCAGCACUGAAUCCCCCUUUUCCCUUUCCCUUAUCCACGUGGAACUUAGCUUCUAGCACUGUAUCCUCCCUCCUUCCCUUAACCCCCCUCGGUCCAGCUGAGCCAUAUCUUCCAGCGAUGCAUCUCCCUCCAUUCCCCCCUUCUCCCCCCCUUCCCCCCCCCUUCCCCACUUCUCCCCCCAUUCCCCCUUUCUCCCCACCUUUCCCCCUUCUCCCCCCAUUCCCUCCUUCUCCCCCCCUUUCCCCUCCCCCCCUUCCCCCCUUCUUCCCCUUUUUCUCUUCCCCCGUUCCCCAUCCCCCACUUACAUGUCCAGUUGGUGGGUCGUAUCCUCCAGCGCUACAUCUUUUCCCUCCAUAUCUCCCCAUUCUUCUCUCUGCCCUUCGCUGCCCCUUCCUUACAUGUCCAGAUGGGCUGUAUCUUCCGGUGCUACAUCUUCCCCCCUUCUCUCCCCCCUCUCUCUUACCACUUCUCUCCCCCAUCCCAUCACCCUCCUUGCAUGUCCAGGUGGGCCGAAUCUUCCAGCGCUACAUCUGUGCUGGGAGAACAGACGGAGGCACGGUGCAGAACGUGGUUCGGUGGAGCCUGCCGGGCCUGCAGGACAAGGAGGGCGCGUCCCUAAUAGUGACAGCGGAGUUUGAUGUGCGCAGUGGCCGUGCCAUCCAGCUGCAGUUCGAGCGGGCGGCAGUGGGCGGCGUGAAGAUCAACGAGCAACUGCAGGCUCUUCUGGCGCCGGCUGCUCUGCCCCGCACCCAGCUGUCACUAGAUGCGCUGCAGUUCUUUCGUUCCUUGGAGCUGUCAGUGCCUCUUGGCUUCCCUCUUCGCUCCACCACAGAAGUAUUGUCAAGCUCCAUUCCCGCCAAUCGCUUCAUGAUCACGUUUCUCGACGAGCGCAUUUUGGUUGGCCGAGCUGUUGCUACAGGAGCGGCCUCCACGGCCGCUGACGUGUCAACAGCUGUGACGGCUGUAGCCGCUGACGCGGCGGCGUCUGGCGGAGACGCAGCGGCUGCUGCGGCUUCCGAUGGUGGCUGGUUCGCUGGGCUCGCGAACGUUCUGGAGAGCAUUUUAAAGGUGCUGGAGCAAGGGCUGGCGUCGGUGAACGUGCCGUACGCGUACGGGUUCUCCAUCAUCCUGCUCACGCUGCUCGUUAAAGUCGUCACCUUUCCGCUCACCAAGCAGCAGGUGGAAUCCACGAUGGCGAUGCAGAACCUCGCGCCCAAGGUCAAGGCCAUUCAAACCAAAUAUGCUGGCGACCAGGAGCGCAUUCAGCUGGAAACAUCGCGCCUCUACAAGCAGGCUGGCGUCAACCCACUUGCUGGGUGUCUGCCCACGCUAGCCACGCUACCUGUCUUUAUCGGACUGUACCAGGCGCUCAGCAACGUGGCCAAGGAGGGAGUGCUAACAGAGGGCUUCUUCUGGAUCCCUUCCCUUGCCGGCCCCACGUCCAUUGCUGCUCGCGACAGCGGCUCUGGCAUCUCGUGGCUCUUCCCUUUCAUUGACGGGGUCCCACCGCUCGGGUGGGGGGCGACAGCAGCGUACCUGGUGCUGCCGGUGCUGCUGGUGGCGUCUCAGUUCUAUGCCAUGCAGAUCAUGCAGCCUCCUCAGAGCGACGACCCAGCACAGAAGAACACGCAAGUGAUUCUCAAGUUCCUGCCGCUCAUGAUUGGCUGGUUCUCCCUAUCAGUCCCCUCCGGUCUCUCCCUUUACUGGUUCACCAACAACCUGCUGAGCACGGGUCAGACCAUCUACCUUCGUAAGAUGGGAGGCGCCACCCCCAAGGUGGCAGCUGGGGGAGGUGACAUCAUCGACGUGGGGCAGGCCAAGCGCUCCUCCGCCGCCUCCGCAGUCAUUGCCACAGAACAGGACAAGGAGAAGCUGCGCGGUGAACAGUUCCGCAAGCAGAAGGAGACGGACGCCGCCCGCCGGUCGGCCAAGCGGGCGGCGGAGGAGGCGGCACGGUCGGCGGAGGCCAAGGCAGAGAGGGAGAAGGCCAGGCUGGAGCAGCUGAGGGCGGAGAUAUCGGGGGAGGGGGAGGAGGAGGUGGCAGUGGUGGAAGCUGAGGUGGUUCCUGUGGCUGGGCAGAACGGAGCAGCAGCAGAGGAGUCCAAGGCCGUAACACCAAAAGCUGCGGCGGCGCCAUCAUCAGGAACGCCACGCCGCAGCCGUCGAUCUCGUAGGACCCGGAAGGCGACCCCUGAGUAG